AUGCGGCCAGCAGAGCGUAGACUGGGCUGCAUUGACUUGGCGGCAGCUCACAGAGUGUCUACAGAGCUGACAGAACAGACAAGGUCUCUCGCAAGGCUUUUAUCCAGGGAGCGACCAACAUCGUGCUGCACGGGAAGAGCAUCAUCCAGACACGUAAGUAGGCGAGCGCAGCGAACCAUCCUCUCAUCUUCACUCCCUACGACGUCUUCCUCGCCAAACUCCGUCCUGCGCUCCGCCCACUCUUCCAGCUAUGUGGGAAGCGCCCGUCAGCUAACCCCAGGCGCGAUCCUUCGUGGCGACCUCCGCCGCUCCACGCCGAACAACGCGCACCACGUCGUCCUCUCGCUGGGCAAAUACUGCCUGGUCGGGGAAGGUGCGGUCCUCCGCCCACCCGGCAAGAUCUACAAGGGCACAUUCACCUUCUAUCCCGUGCGAAUCGGGGACUGUGUGCAUAUCGGCCCCGAUGCAAUCGUCGAGGCUGCGAGUGUGGGACACGGCGUCGAGAUUGGCGCCAGGGCUAUUGUCCCCCCGUGGUUCCCGGAAGCUCACCUACAGGGCAAGUUUGCCAUUCUGAAGGACUACGCCGUCAUCCUCCCCGAUGCUGUGCUCCCGGACGGUGCUGUCGUGCCGUCUUACACGGUGUGGGGCGGGAAUCCCGCGCGGCUUGUCGAUACGCUCCCCGAGACGUACCAGGAGACGGUCGAGGAACGGUCCUGCCAGAGCGGGAAAGCUGCGGGAGGCAAGAACGGAGCGAGAGCAGAAGAUGAGAUGAGGUCAAGCCAGGAAGGAACAAGAUACCCUGCAUUGUAA